AUGAGUGACCUCGGUACGUGGUUCAGAAGCGUGCCCAUUGUCACCAGAUACUGGUUCGCUGUAUCGGUCGUUUUACCUUUAUUAGGACGGUUUGGACUGAUUAACCCAAUGUGGAUGUAUUUGGAUUGGGACCUUGUAGUCUAUAAUUUUCAUGUGAUUCUGGCGACGAUUCAAGCCAGCCCUACUCUUUUACCCCGUCUCACCACAGACUGGUUUUCACUGGCUUCUAAGAUGCUCUACUUCUUGUAUAAUUACUCGAAAAAUCUCGAAACCGGUGUCUUCUCUGGGCGACCUGCGGAUUACCUUUACAUGUUAAUAUUUAAUUGGUUGAUUUGCACGGCAAUGUAUCUUCCUUGGAUCUUGUGUGCCUUCAACGCUGUUCUUCGCGGUGGUGGUAUGAACGAACUGCUAGGAAUUCUUGUCGGGCACACUUACUAUUUCCUAGCCUUCGACUAUCCGCUGCAACACGGUGGAGCUUCUCUCUUACAAACACCUCAGUUUUUGUACAACUUGCUUCCUAACGAGGAGGGUGGUGUUCAUGGGUUUGGAGCUGAGCGAGUGAAUCAACGUCGUGCUGGGGGUGCACAAGGUGGUGGCAGCUCUUCGUCCAAUCGUUUGAUUGGGCCUAAGGAUCACUCUUCAAUUCAGCUUGAUAUUGUCGAUGUUGACCCCAUCACUGGACGCAUGGUUGCUGGAAAAUCGACGCGUUACGCCAUUUGUGGUGCUCUUCGCCGUCAGGGAGAAUCUGAUGAUGCUUUGCUGAGGCUGGCUCAAAGAGAUGGGAUCAUUCCCAAGAAUCUCUGA